CUUGUUAACAUUAACCAAGCUAGGUCUACCAUCCACGGAAGCUAUAGUGGGAAUGAGGGUAGUCACAACGUUUUUGGUGGUAACAAUACUAUCAGAAACACAUAUGUGAUGCCUGCUAUGGCCAGUGUUCGAAUUGGAAAUCGAGGUGGUGUGUUUGGAGGUGAAGAUGGAGGUAUGAUCAGUAUUCCCCGAAGACCGCUGACAAGAAAGUAACCUGUUAUUAGAACCAAAACAAGCAUCACGGCCGUAUCGCUUAAUUCCCUACAGCAGGAACAGCACCUUUACCGGCCGGGAAAAUCUCUUGGAAUUGAUCAAGAUAUUUUCAGAACCUACGGCACACAACCGAAUUGCGCUCCAUGGAUUAGGUGGUUCUGGGUAUGUAUCAAUUAUUUCAACACAUGAAGGAUGCACUAACAUCGCUUAGCAAAACCCAGAUUGCCCUAGAAUACGUUUAUCGGUGCACCAGCGAGGGCGAUCGUCAUGCUUUCUGGGUACAGGGGAGUGGGUUAUUAAAAUUUAGCGAGGGAUUUAGGGAUGUUGCUCAGCUUGCCCAAAUUCCUACAGCCAACGCGGUGAAAGACGAAGAGGGGUACCUAAAGAGCAUAAAGAAGUGGUUUGAGGGCCCCAACAGCGGUGAUUGGAUCCUGGUUAUCGACAACGCCGACAAUGAUGCCGAAUUUGUUGGAAACAAC